ACCGCAAGUCCAACGGAAUCGACGUAGUUUUCACAGCUAGAGAAGCGAGCCGCGUAAAAUGAAAGCGUUCGUGGUGUUUGCUGCUGCCAUCCUGGCCACCGUUACUGCUGCUCCGUAUCAGCUGAUCCUGCUGGACGCGGAGGAUCUUCCAAUUGCGCCGAUUCGCGUGGUACGUUCUGCAUCGGGUGGUGAGCUGAGUGGCAGUGCGGCCAAUGCUGGAGCUCAGUCCUUCAACCAGGGCUUCGGUGGUUUCCCAGGACAUGGCGGUUUCGGUGGUCUGUCUGGUUCGGCCGCUAAUGCCGGUGCGCAGUCCUUCAACCAGGGUGGCCAUGGAGGAUUCCCCGGUUUCGGUGGUCUCUCGGGAUCAGCUGCUAAUGCUGGUGCACAAUCGUUCACGCAAGGAGGCGGUCAUGGUGGUUUCGGUGGAGGACUCGCAGGAUCGGCCGCAAAUGCCGGAACUCAGUCGUUCACGCAAGGAGGCGGUCAUGGAGGUUUCGGAGGUGGAUUGGCCGGAUCGGCUGCUAAUGCCGGUGCUCAGUCGUUCACGCAGGGAGGAUCAGGUGGACACGGUGGGUUCCCAGGAUUCGGUGGAUUCUCUGGAUCAGCCGCCAAUGCCGCUUCGCAGACGUUCACGCAGGGUGGAGGUCAUGGUGGGUUCGGUGGUGGACUGGCUGGUUCGGCUGCCAACGCCGGAGCUCAAUCGAUUGUAGCCCAUUAGACCCGAAACAACCGGCAUGGGCCGGCAUUCGAGACCAAGAAACCGAUCGCGAGCUUCACCCAGGAAC